CUAUUCAUCGAAAUGGUACGGGCCAAUUUUGUGAUGUAGCACGUGACAUGUCGGAUGGGCUGGGUUUACAACCAAAUGUAUUGAGAAACAUGGCAGAGAAGAAUAAAGAUAAGAGUGAGGAGACCUUUGAAGUCAUGGACGUAGUAGAGUAUGCCAAGAAACAGAGAUGGUGGAACAAAAUAUUUGGCGAGAACUCUGGGCCCGUAGCAGAGAAGUAUAAUGUUGCCACCCAGCUUGCCAUUGGUGGAGUGUCUGGCUGGUGUGCAGGGUAUUUGUUCCAGAAAGUUGGGAAGCUGGCAGCUUCGGCAGUGGGUGGAGGCUUCUUUUUUCUUCAGAUUGCCAAUCACACAGGAUACAUCAAAGUGGACUGGAAGAGGGUGGAGCGUGAUGUAAACAAUGCCAAGAAGCAGCUGAAGCUGAAUGCAGAAAAGCCCACUAAGGAAGUCAGGACAAAAGUGGAUGAGGUGCAGACAUUUGUGAAGAAGAAUAUUAUCCUCACAGGAGGUUUUGCUGGGGGAUUUCUGCUGGGCUUGGCCUCUUAAGAGCCUCUCAUUUCGGUCUUUACUUAAUAUUUUUUUGUCUCAUACAAGGCUGAAAACAGCUUAAACCUAAGCAGCUAUCUAGAUAUGUAAGUAGACUCCAUUGAUAUCAUAUGACAAGCAAAUUCAUUGGCUUGGUGGGUUUUUGGGCAUGUGUCAAUUUGAAAACAGCCUUUUAGAUACUAUGUCUGUGGUUAAAGUUUAUGCAUGGUCUAUGCACAUAUGGCAGGAGCAUUGGCUUUAAUUUUUCUAUGGGUUGUUUUGGUAUGGUACUUAUUUGAGAGAUUGUUCAGAUCCACUUCAAUAGUUUUAUCUGUAUGCAUUCAGAUGGAACUCAGGGUUCUCCCCAGGAUUUUUUUUAAACAAGGUGUUUCUGCUGAGUAUGGCUGGGGGUGGCCCGGAGGGGUGUAGUGCCCCCCUUUGGACUCCAUUUAUUUAUUUAUUUAUGAUGCACCUCUAACUGCCAUUUCCUGCAAUCUAGAGAAAAAAUGGCCUAUGAUACAUAGUGGAGCAGCGCCUAUUACAUUCUUUGGGGAGAACCCUAGAACUGGAGCAAAGCCCUUUAACGUGUUUUGUAACAUCCUUCAUUUUCUAAGUUAAGAUCAACAAGGUUGUUAUGUGUUUAAAUGUUACUUCAAACCGAAGGGUUUGAGUUAAAAGCAUGUACAUGUAUGAGUAAAUAUUGUAUGACAGGACUAGGCCACAGUAACGCAAGUUUGAAUGGUAUUUGAAGUUAUAUUCUUACCUGAAAAUCAGUGACAUUUCAAAGUAUAACUCAAAGAAAAUCAUGGGUGCAUAUUAACCGUCCCCAAUAGUAUUGACUUAUGCAGUGCAGGAGGUUCGCGUGUGAAGUAUUUAUUUGAGACCAAGGAGUGAGACGGCAAGACUGGACAUAUGAUUUGGCUUUCUAAUUCCCUGCUUAAGAGUGAGGUGUGUCGUGUCAUGUGUGUAAGUACAGGCUGUGCGCAUGAUCAAAAGCUAGGGUGUAUUCAUUAUUUGGAUUCUGUUGUAAAAUGUAGUGCAACGGAACCUGUUUACUCCAAACGGAAAAUGUUUUGCAGUGAAAACAAGUUUGUUCUUUCUGAAAAAUUCAGGUAGGUUCUGUUUGCUUCCUCGUAAAUGUUUUUUGUUGCAGAGCUUUUUGCAAUAGACAACAUUUUACAACAAUCAGGCUAAUGAAUACACCCUUGCCUAACAGCAUACAAGGCUUCUGUUUCACAAACAACUAUGGACAAUUAUGAAUGUAAUACAUGGAAGAUAUCAAUAGCCAUUUGUAUGGAACAUAUGGGAUGACAAAUACACUGAUAGAAAUUA